UCUCACUUCGGAGAGCUUGGCGCAGGUUAGCGGGGAGCUCAGAGCGUCGCUGCCGCACACAGUGCGACACACACGGAUACAGUCUGACCGACUUUGGAUAUUUCUGGGGGUUGAGGAGAAGCCUGGAGAGAGGAGAGAGGAGGAAACAGACGGGAAACAGAGAUUUAAGUCGGUUUCUUGCGGCGGAAUGGCGGACCGGGACCCGGUGCCGCUUCCUGCGGAGGUGCGGGCCAGACUGGCCGAGCUGGAGCUGGAGUUAUCGGAGGGUGACAUCACACAGAAGGGUUAUGAAAAGAAGCGGACCAAGCUGAUUGGAUCCUUCUUCCCUCAGACGCCAGGAAUGGAUCCGUCCAUGGGCCAGGAGAGGAGAGCUCCGGUCACCCCGUCCUCAUCCUCACGUUACCACCGGCGACGGUCUUCUGGCUCCAGAGACGAACGCUACCGAUCAGAUGUGCACACAGAAGCGGUGCAGGCGGCCCUGGCCAAGCACAAAGAGAGGAAGAUGGCGGUGCCGAUGCCUUCGAAGAGACGGUCACUGGUGGUCCAGAACUCAAUGGAUGCUUACACACCACCAGAUACCUCCUCGGGCUCAGAGGGCGAGGGUCAGGGCGACGAAGGCGAGGGAGGAGACUGCGACGAGGAGGACGGAGGAGGCGGCGGCGGCGGCGGCGGAGGAGGAGGCGGGACCUCGAGCCGGGAGGGGAGCAUCAGCAUGGAGCACUGGAUAAGCCGAGCCAUCCACGGGACCUCCUCCACCACGACCACCACCUCGUCCACCGCCUCCUCCUCCUCGUCCUCCACACGCAGCGGGGGCAGCGGGGCGGCGGGGGGCAGGCUGGCCGACGUCCUGGCGCAACACGUCCACAUCUCCGCCCACCAUCACCACCACCACCACCCCCGCCACCACCACCACCAUCAUCACCACCACAAGACAGAGAACCACUCUGCCCCUCCAGAUGUCACCGGCUACACCAACAACACCCCGGCCGAUGGGAUCCAGGUGGAGAGAGCCCCGGGCGCUGGCAACACGGCCCAGAAACAGACGCCAAAGUACGGCAACGCCGAGCUGAUGGAGACCGGAGACGGUGUUCCAGUCAGCAGCAGAGUUUCAGCCAAAAUUCAACAACUCGUCAACACCCUGAAGAGACCCAAACGGCCGCCGUUAAGAGAGUUUUUUGUCGACGACUUCGAGGAGCUCCUGGAGGUCCAGCAGCCAGACCCCAACCAGCCCAAGGCGGAGGGGGCUCAGAUGGUGGCCAUGCGGGGCGAGCAGCUGGGCGUGGUGACUAAUUGGCCCCCGUCUCUGGAGGCGGCUCUGCAGAGGUGGGGCACCAUCUCUCCGAAGGCCCCCUGCCUCACCACCAUGGACACCAACGGCAAGCCGCUCUACGUGCUCACCUACGGAAAACUGUGGUCCAGGAGUGUGAAGGUGGCGUACAACCUGCUGCACAAACUGGGAACCAAACAGGAGCCGCUCGUCAGACCUGGAGACCGGGUGGCGCUGGUUUUCCCGAACAACGACCCCGCUGCCUUCAUGACGGCGUUUUACGGCUGUCUGCUGGCCGAGGUCGUCCCCGUGCCGAUAGAGGUGCCGCUGACCAGGAAGGAUGCAGGCAGUCAGCAGAUCGGCUUCCUGUUGGGGAGCUGUGGAGUGACGGCGGCUCUGACCAGCGACGCCUGCCAUAAAGGGUUACCCAAGAGUCCCACUGGAGAGAUCCCACAGUUCAAAGGCUGGCCCAAGUUGCUGUGGAUCGUCACCGAGUCCAAACACCUCUCCAAACCUCCCCGAGACUGGUUUCCAAAUAUCAAGGACGCCAACCAGGACACGGCCUACAUCGAGUAUAAGACGUGUAAGGACGGCAGCGUCCUCGGCGUGACGGUGAUGAGGAUAGCCAUGCUCACACACUGCCAGGCGCUCACACAGUCCUGCUCCUACACUGAAGCGGAGACCGUGGUGAAUGUAUUAGACUUCAAGAAGGAAGUGGGGCUGUGGCACGCCGUCCUGACAAGUGUGAUGAACAUGAUGCACGUCAUCAGUAUCCCCUACGCCCUCAUGAAGGUCAACCCUCUGUCCUGGAUCCAAAAAGUCUGCCAGUACAAAGCUAAGGUGGCGUGUGUGAAGUCUCGGGACAUGCACUGGGCUCUGGUGGCCCAUCGGGACCAGCGAGACAUCAACCUCGGCUCCCUGCGCAUGCUGGUGGUGGCUGAUGGAUCAAAUCCCUGGUCGAUCUCCUCCUGCGACGCCUUCCUCAACGUCUUCCAGUCCAAAGGUUUGAAGCCCGAGGUCAUUUGUCCCUGUGCCAGCUCCCCCGAGGCUCUGACUGUCGCAAUCAGGAGGCCCUUGGAGGAGGGCAGCACCCCUCCUGGUCGCGGCGUCUUGUCCAUGCAGGGUCUGAGUCACGGCGUGAUCCGGGUGGACUCAGAGGAGAAGCUGUCGGUCCUCACGCUGCAGGAUGUCGGCUCCGUCAUGCCCGGAGGUUUGAUGUGUGUGGUGAGGCCUGAAGGUGUUCCUCAGCUCUGCAAAACUGACGAGAUUGGAGAGUUGUGCGUUUGUACCGUUGCCACGGGAACCUCUUACUACGGUUUAGCCGGCAUGACCAAGAACACGUUCGAGGUCUUCCCCACGUCAAACAACGGGGCUCCCAUCAGUGAGUUCCCCUUCACCAGGACCGGCCUGCUGGGCUUCAUCGGGCCUGCGGGUCUGAUCUUUGUGGCCGGGAAGAUGGAUGGUCUGAUGGUGGUCGGGACGCGCCAGCACAACGCUGACGACAUCGUGGCUACGGCGCUCGCUGUGGAGCCGAUGAAGUUUGUGUACAGGGGAAGGAUUGCCGUGUUCUCCAUCACGGUUCUUCACGACGAGAGGAUGGUGGUCGUGGCGGAGCAGCGGCCCGACUCCACCGAGGAGGACAGCUUCCAGUGGAUGAGCCGAGUCCUGCAGGCUAUAGAUGGUAUCCAUCAGGUGGGGGUGUACUGCCUGGCCCUCGUGCCCUCCAACACUCUGCCUAAGACUCCCCUGGGUGGCAUCCACCUGUCAGAGACCAAGCAGCUGUUCCUGGAGGGGUCGCUGCACCCCUGCAACGUGCUUAUGUGUCCGCACACCUGCGUCACCAACCUGCCCAAACCGCGGCAGAAACAGCCAGAGAUCGGUCCUGCGUCGGUGAUGGUCGGGAACCUGGUGUCGGGGAAGAGGAUCGCUCAGGCCAGCGGCAGAGAUCUGGGUCAGAUUGAAGACAAUGACCAGGCAAGGAAGUUCCUCUUCCUGUCCGAGGUGUUACAAUGGAGAGCUCAGACCACUCCAGACCACGUCCUGUACACACUGCUCAACUCCAGGGGUACGAUAGCCAGCUCUCUGACUUGUGUCCAGCUUCAUAAACGAGCUGAGAAGAUCGCGGGCAUGCUGGCUGAACGGGGCCACCUACAGGACGGGGACCACGUCGCCCUGGUCUACCCUCCAGGCAUCGACCUCAUCGUGGCGUUUUACGGCUGCUUGUACGCCGGUUGUGUGCCGAUCACCGUGCGACCGCCUCAUCCUCAGAACAUCGCCACCACGCUGCCCACUGUCAAGAUGAUCGUGGAGGUGAGCCGCUCGGUGUGUGUGAUGACCUCACAGCUCAUCUGUAAACUGCUGAGGUCGAAGGAAGCCUCGGCCGCCGUGGACGUCCGGACAUGGCCCCCUGUAAUGGACACAGACGAUUUGCCAAAGAAGAAACCUCCUCUGCUGUAUAAACCGUCCAACCCCGACACCCUGGCCUACCUGGACUUCAGUGUCUCCACCACCGGCAUGCUCGCUGGAGUCAAGAUGUCUCACACAGCCACCAGUGCCUUCUGCCGCUCCAUCAAGCUGCAGUGCGAGCUCUACCCGUCCAGAGAGGUCGCCAUCUGCCUUGACCCGUACUGCGGCCUGGGCUUCGUCCUCUGGUGCCUUUGCAGCGUGUACUCAGGUCACCAGUCCAUCCUGAUCCCUCCGUCCGAGCUGGAGGUCAACCCGGCCCUCUGGCUGUCAGCCGUCAGUCAGUACAAAGUCCGAGACACGUUCUGCUCCUACAGCGUCAUGGAGCUGUGCACCAAGGGCCUCGGCCUGCAGACCGACUCUCUGAAGUCCCGAGGGGUGGACUUGUCUCGGGUCAGGACCUGUGUGGUUGUAGCCGAGGAGCGUCCCAGAACCGCCCUGACGCAGUCCUUCUCCAAACUCUUCAAGGACCUGGGACUCCACCCCCGAGCCGUCAGCACCUCCUUUGGCUGCAGAGUCAACCUGGCGAUCUGUCUGCAGCCUCACAGGCUGGGAAAGCUUGCCGACCAGGGCACCUCAGGACCCGACCCCACCACUGUUUUUGUUGACAUGAGAGCGCUACGACACGACAGGGUCCGACUCGUGGAGAGGGGGUCCCCGCACAGCCUGCCGCUGAUGGAGUCUGGGAAGAUCCUGCCGGGUGUUCGGAUCAUCAUCGCCAACCCAGAGACAAAGGGACCAAUGGGAGAGUCGCAUCUGGGAGAGAUCUGGGUGCAGAGCGGCCACAACGCCAGCGGUUACUUCACCGUCUACGGGGACGAGGCGCUGCAGUCCGACCACUUCAACUCCAGACUGAGCUUCGGGGACACGCAGACCGUCUGGGCCCGGACCGGAUACCUGGGCUUCCUCCGCAGGACCGAGCUGACGGACGCCAGCGGAGAGCGUCAUGACGCCCUGUAUGUGGUCGGUGCUCUGGAGGAAGCCAUGGAGCUGAGGGGGAUGCGUUACCACCCCAUCGACAUCGAGACAUCCGUCAUCCGGACGCACAAGAGCAUCACAGAGUGCGCGGUGUUCACGUGGACCAACCUGCUGGUGGUGGUGGUGGAGCUGGACGGCUCGGAGCAGGAGGCGCUGGAUUUGGUCCCCCUGGUGACCAACGUGGUGCUCGAGGAGCACUACCUGAUCGUGGGCGUGGUGGUGGUGGUCGACAUCGGCGUCAUCCCCAUCAACUCCCGCGGCGAGAAGCAGCGCAUGCACCUGCGCGACGGCUUCCUGGCCGACCAGUUGGACCCCAUCUACGUGGCCUACAACAUGUAGCACGCCAACCCCCCACCCCGCCCCCCCUGGAGGUCUAUAUGGAGGUGGAUGGAGGAUGUUUUUAAGGAAGAUGCAAAGACACGUCUGCUCCUGAGACUGAGAGGAAUAAGACAGGAGUCUGAGGCCGGGGUUUGUUGCCCUGAACUUUGUUGGACUGUGAUAGGAUUUCAAGGAGGUAAGAGCAAGAAGAAGUAGCACUCAUGCAGCCCGGAGGCCAUAGAGGACAAUCGUUGACGUAGCAAAGAUCUGGGCUUUAAAUCACUUGUGGCUCUCUUUACCUUUUCCCGUCAUGUGGUCGCAGAAGAUUCUGUUUUCUUUUUUUUUUGGUUCGUCCUCGAGAAAAAAGGUCAGGCUAUUUUUACCAAACAAACUGUAGCAAAAAAAAAAGAAAGAAGAUAUUUUACGUUUUUAUGGAAACCAUUUCAAAGAGCGCGAUAUGUUUUGAUACGAGGGGCGGGGUCAGAAAGGGGGCGAGCGAGCCGCAGCUGUCCUUUGAUUUCACAAUAAGGUACUCCACGUUUGUUUCAUGUCAGCUUGUUGUUGUUCUUCUUAAAGUGUGACUUUUUUUUUUUUUUUUUUUACUCUCUGAUCCGUCCGUCCGUCCGUCCCCUCUCAGCGGGGGAAUCAGCGUUUCUUAUUUUUUCAUAAAGCAACAGCUGCAGCCUUCACAUGAAGCGAGUCAAACCGACAUUUCAUAUCAUGUAAGUAUGUACAAAAAGAAACUGACUUAAUUUAUUUUGUUUCUCUUUUUAGAAGUUUAUGACGAGACGUUCAAGAAUGUUGUGCUCUUGAACAUUUGCUAAUAUAAAAAAAACACAGAGCAUUGUAUAAUGUGGAGCGAAAACACUCACAGCGAGCGUGUAAACGGAGACGUAGAAAUAUAUGACGAUAGAUUUUAUGUGAAGACGAGCGAAGGAUUCACACAAGACGAGGGGAGCGGCUCGACACACGAUGUCCGCCUCGUGUUUCUGUGCACUGGGACGUCAUCGGUCACGCUUUGAGGAGUUUUAUUCCAGAAGAUUUUUACACCAAAGCUUAGAAUUAAGGGAAUAAGUCCCUGUGUCCACCCAGUGUCCACCUAGUGUCCACCCACGCUGGCUGUGCACCCAGGAGUGUUUGCAUGAAGCGUUUGUGCUCUAAGAAGAAAAGCGCUGCACAUCCGUCCUGUCUCCAUAAAAACAGUCUGUUGACAACGGACUUUUUACUGCAUGUUUUAUAUUUGAGAUUGUUUACUUCCCAAUCAGACACGGAGCAAAGAGGAAGUGAAUACAAGACACGAUCCCUAGAAGGCAAAAAAUACAGGGAAUAUCAUACAUUUGGAAAAGCUGGUGACGUCAACAACGCCUUUCUGAAAAAGUUGAAAGAUUUCAAACUGGAGCGGUCGCACAAUUAAUGCAGAGCGCUCAGAAAAAAAGACGCUGGGCGCUGCGCUUUUUCUCUGAGCGGUUGCUUUCUGCUGCAGACGCUCUCUACUCUUUGAAAACAACUGAAAAGAAAAACGCUAGGUGGACACGGCGCCUCAAUAAAGACUUUUAUUAGAAUACGUCUCCAAACAGCCAAUCGGAAACAUGUUUGAUGAGUUAGAGGAUAAAAUGAGACAUGUUGUUUUUUUUUAAAUGAGACGCUCAGUUUAAAAAAAAUAAAGGAGUAAAUUAUGUUGUAAUAUCUUUUACUGUUGUAAAAUGACAAACCUCCAUUCUUAAUGGUAUAAACUGAAUAAAAUCUGUAAUAUUUUUAAUAAAUGAAAGUUUUAUCGGGAAAGAAUCCGUCUUUUUAUGAUUUUUUUAAUAAUGUAAAUGCCAAAUUUUUGUUUUUGUAAAGUUUGGCUUCAUUAACUUAUCCAACUCGAUGAAUUGGCUUCUUUUAUUUAAAGGAAGAAUGUGCGACUUUUUAAUCCAGUAGAGGUCGCCCUUGAGCACCAGCAUUAAACCAAAACAAACUGUUUGUCCACACCUAAGAGGCGGGACUUAAGAACAAAUCAACUAGUCUGGCUGUUUCCGACAGGCUAAUGUUCGGACAUUCAGUUGUAAAUAAACACUUUUCAUGAAAACUUCCAGAGCAAAACCGUGUCCACACUCCCUAACUUACAAUGUACCUGAUUACCAAUAAAUGUAUUUUUGUAAGUUAGACCGCGAGCAAGAGUUUGAAUUAAGUAUUUAAAAGUGUGCCUUUGCACAUAUAUCUUUGUUUUUGAGACCCUAGGAAUAUGCUUCCAAAUCUUGUGACCUACCUAUCAUGAGGGGGGAUGGAAAGGGUGAAAAAAUUUAAUUAAUUUGCGUGCUAAACUUCAGGCCACCCCUGCAAAGGUCAGGGCCGCCAGGUGGGCCACCCCAGUCUAAAAAGUCUGGACACGCCCCUGCUUAAGAGAAAUUAAAGGGAGUAAUGGAGUAAUGUUUAACUGAAACCCAACACAGCUAUGAUCCUCUGCUGCCCUCUAGUGGUGACCAGGAGGAAUAACAACGACAACUUGCCAUUUUUAAUUUGGGUUUUAUUGAUUAUGAAGUGUAAUGAGCUGGGAUAAGACUCCUCAAAUCAAACAGCCAAUCAGCAGUACUGGAUUAUUUUUGGUCUUUUGCUCCAUCGGCUGGGAAACAGUGAACCCUCGUCUUCACCUUCCAGUUUCCCCUGUAGACGCAGGCGGGUUAGGAGCCGCUGCUUUUGUAAAUAACCAGAGUGAGAGGUCGUUCAUAUUUUUUCACAUGAAUCAAUCAGGGCUCACACACAGCACGAUGUCACGACAGGGAAGGAAGACUGAAGCAGGAAGGAGAAGGCAGGUUUUUUUUUUUUUUUUUUUAAACCAGAGACCCUUUAACACAUCCUGGACCUGUGGAGGACGUCAGAGACGGCGAUCAGUCUGUGGAUUAUUAUGAGGUCGGAGAAUGUUCAACACACACACACACACGAUGAUGUUUUUUGAAAAGACUUAAAAAGCACUUUCUUCACCGUCUGUUUCUCUUUCUUUUAUCAGCGAAAUGUUUGUCCCCAGUAUGUUUUUUUUAAAGGUUUUAAAAAUGUCUGACAUGAAGUCUUUCAAUUCAAUAAAAUAUUUCAACAAUUUUGACAAUAAAAAUUGAAAAUGUU